CUUGACUCUCAUUCAUCUGUCAUGUCGAUGACAUACAGUUGACAAGUUGCAGGGCCGGCCCUUGGUAAAUUAUUUCAGAAUGAAUCAGGAAGGCGGGCUCGCUUGUUGCGCCGUAUGCAAUCAAAAAACUCAAAGAAGAUGCGCAAGAUGCCUCAAUAUUUACUACUGUAAUACGGAACAUCAACGACAGGACUGGAAGAGACAUAAAAGUGAAUGUAUACCCAAAUUAACGAAGCAGCUUGCAAAAAGUGAUAAUUUUGGUGAAUGUUCAACUGUUACCAAAGAAGCUGCUAAGGAAAUUGGAAACAUUGCUCAAAAUUAUCAGCAUGAUGUUACGAAAGUAUGCAAUGAUGGUGAUGUAAGACAUUUAAAAAAGUCAAAGACUAAAAACGAAAAAAAAAGUGUUUCCGAGGGUAGUAGUGUUAGUAAACAAAAUAAAUUUGACUUCAAGAAAAACAUACAACAAACACAAAACAAUAAAACUACAUCGUCAGGACAAAGCGAUAGCUCUGUGAUUUCUAGUGUAGUGUUCACCAAGGAAGAUUUGAAUAGUGAAAGUGCCAUAACUUAUGAGGGUUCCUCAGAGAAGGAAAUAUUGAACGAGUCAGUACAGCAACUUAGUACGGUGGACUUCUCCACUGCGACUGGAUCUAAUGUGUUGAGAACCAUUAACAGUACAGAUACAAAUAUGCCCAUUCUUCCUGAACCGACAGCCCGGGUGAAGGAGUACCCUGAGGCGUCAUUGAAGGGAAGCGUGGCACCAUUUAAUCACAUGCUCAAUAGCUAUUACAUGGAUCCAAGUGAUCCAUUCUAUGAAAUAUGCCAGAGAGUGAUCCGGGACAUGACUCAAUAUGGUGUUUGUGUUUUGAACAAUUUCCUGGGAAAAGACCAAGGACUAUUAGUAUUAAAUGAAGUGUUAAAAAUGUACAGAUCAGGAAUAUUCACAGCUGGACAACUGGUGUCUAGCCCUGGGAGUACAGAAGCGCAAACGAUUCGAAGCGAUCGCAUCACGUGGAUAGAUGGAAAAGAACCUCAAUGUUUCCAUAUCAGGCAACUAAUCAGCAAGGUUGACAAUAUAAUUCUGAGGGCGAACAAAAUGGCCAACAAUGGAAAAAUGGGAGACUUCGUCAUCAACGGCAGAACAAAAGCCAUGGUAGCGUGCUACCCAGGACUUGGCAGCCAUUACGUGAAGCACGUAGACAACCCCAACAAAGAUGGCAGGUGCAUCACCGCCAUAUAUUAUCUAAACCUGGACUGGGACGUGAAACGAUACGGUGGACUACUCAGGGUGUUCCCGGAAGGUACCAAUCAAGUGGCCGAUAUAGCACCGAUAUUCGACCGGAUGCUUUUCUUCUGGUCGGAUCGCCGAAACCCACACGAAGUCCAACCCGCCUACAGCACCAGAUACGCAAUAACACUGUGGUACUUCGAUGCUCACGAACGAGAAGAAGCCCUUAGGAAAUACAGUAAGUAUAGAUGUUUAGAAAAUUUGACCUUUAAUGUUUUUUGUUUUUAAUGUUGCGGCUUUUAGUCCUUGAAGUCAAAUUUCACAUUACUCUGUCGUGAACCAUGAAUUUCAAUUGUGUUGUAAAGUAGCUGUAUUGCCCUUCAGUCGGGAACUAGUUUUGCAACAGACAUGAGUUAAUGCUACCUACCUUUGAAGAAUCAGAAUACGGCCAAUGAAAUAACUAAUCGUUAGAAAAUAAUCCUUGUAAAAUAGUGUGUAUUUUGAGUUUAAUUGAUUUCGAAAAAUUCCGGGAAGCCGUGCCCAGGGAUUCUGUAUGAUUCUUCUACGGUUUCAGAAAAUCUUCGUGGCCUAAAAAUAAUACGAUCGUAUCGAGCGAUACGACUGUACCGGUAUUUGAAUCCCGCCCAAUUUUUCUAAUGAAAUAUGUACGUACUUAACAAAUUCUCACGAAUGUCUUCCACGAUGAAGGAAUAACAUCGCGUCAUAAAAAUUUAACCCGCAAUAAUAAUAAUGCUCCAGUAAACACUUAACAUUAGGUGGGCUGUGAGCUCGUUCAUCCAUCUAAGAAACAAAUCAAUAAAUAAAAACAAACAGUUCAUUAGUCAUUGUUAUUGCAGCGAUAUUGCCUUUUGAACAUAGCUUUUGAAAAAGUACUUUUCCAAUGCUCUAUUGGUAUCUGAACCUCAUAUAGUAGGUAGCACCUCGUAGUUUGCCUAUUACUCACUGGGCCAUUAUCUCAUCUACUUAACCACGCUAUAAGAUGCUGAAAUGUUUGCUUUAAUCAAGUGCAUAAGAGCAUAAGUGCGGGACGUCCUUAAGAAUAUCGUAGACAAGAAUUCUGAUUACAUUUUCCUUGUUUGAUUUCAAAGGGGAAAACCGUAGUAAUAUUGCGCAACACAGUGCGCCUUCUCGAUGCACCUCUAUAAUGUUUCUGACACACGAUUUGCGUGCAAAUAAUUUUUGUAUGCAUAAAAUUGCCCAAGCGAAAUAAAAAACACAUUAGCUGUUUGUAAUUUCCCAAAAUACGUUAACAUACUUUACAUACGCGACACAUAAUACGUUUUCGUUAUUAUAUUUUACUAUAGCUGACCCGGCAGACUUCGUAGUGCCUCAAUCGAUAAAUAAAAAAACCUAAACUUUUGUAUAAAAUAAACUUAGAACGAACAAAAGUAAUUCGUCCGACGGAGGACACAUCAAAGGAUAAACAAAAUUGUUAUUUUUAUUUAAUUCCGAGCUUUUUAUAUUUAUUUACCUUUUAAACCUUCUCUGGACUUCCACAAGUAAUUCAAGACCAAAAUUAGCCAAAUUGAUCCAGCCGUUCUAGAAUUUUAACGAAACUAACGAACAGCAAUUCAUUUUUAUAUAUAGGUAUAUAGAUAGAUUGUAAGUUAACCGGAAUAAGGUGACAUGAAAAUUAAUAGUUAUAUUUAAAAAGUGAACAAAUGAGGUUUUUUUUCUGUAAUAGAUAAAAUUGUCAGAUGAUCUCAGAACAUAUCUGAUGUUAAAACAGUUACCGAAGCCUUGCACACUGUAGAAACGGUCCAAAUCUAAUUUUUACUGGUGGUAGGACCUCUUGUGAAUCCGCACGGGUAGGUACCACCGCUCUGCCUAUUUCUGUCGUGAAGCAGUAAUGCGUUUCGGUUUGAAGGGUGGGGCAGCCGUUGUAACUAUACUGAGACCUUAGAACUUAUAUCUCAAGGUGGGCGGCGCAUUUACGUUGUAGAUGUCUAUGGGCUCCAGUGAUCACUUAACACCAGGUGGGCUGUAAGCUCGUCCACCCAUCAAACCAAUAAAAAAAAUUAAAAAUAAAAACGGAAUAAAUAUACAAUUUUUUCCUAUAAUUUGUUAAUAAUAUAUUUUGUUUUUCUUUUGUUACAGAAGAACGCGGCCAGCCGUCUUCAAGUAAGUGAUCGUUCUGAUCUAAGCGGCUCGUUCCGACUUUAGCCUCUUAUUGGAAUGUGUUUUAUGCAAGCGGAUUAAAUGAAAUGAAGUCAAUAUAAAAACGUUUUCACCUUUAGUGUCUUAAAAUUUUAAACAGACACGUUUUCGGCCUUUUUUAUAUUACGUUCUGUCGCAACCACUAUUUUUCUUUAAUUGCCAAGCAAUGAACUAAUCCGAUUCCUGUCAUGCUAACCCACUCUGAAUACGUAGAAAACUUCAUUUCACACAUUAUCACAUAGUGAAAACUGUACUUGUAUCUUAUUUUUUUAAGUCUCUUAACUAAUAUUUCUCUCCUAAUCUACGAUAUUCUAUUUCAUUGAAGUCUAAGUGUAAUUUGUGAAAAAAAUAUUGACAUAAUCGGAUUUGUAAUAUUUAUUUGAGCUGGCAACAUUCAAUGUAUUGACAAGUCAAAUUUUAUUGGAGAGUAAACUAUGUUUGGUACAUAGGUAUGUUACUAUUUUUGUUAUUUUUAAAUUAAAAUUGUGGUUUAAAAUACUAAUAUGUAUAAUAAGAUGUAAUGCAAUACUAUGUUAUACAGUAAUUGAAUCACUGGAAUGAUAUUAUAUGGGUAACACCAUAUUUAAAAAAUAUUUCUGAUCCUUAUUUGUUUUUAAGAAGAGCAUAUUAAGGUCUGACCUCACCUGCGAUUUGUCAAAACGAAUACGGUUUUUGUCUACAUUUUUGGAAUAUAUUUCCAAUAAUAACCAUUUAACUGAAACAUGAAUAACAUGGGGGAUGAUUGUAAAAAUAAGCUUAGUCAAGUCCGCGAAAAAAGUAUAUACCAUUAUUAAUAAGGAUUUAUCCGACAAUCAUUACGAUUUUGUUUAUCUAUGGACAUAGUGUUUAGAGUUUAGUGUAUCGAUUUAUGUUAGUCGAUUAUUUAGAUCAGAAAACGAAUAAAAACGACCCAAGACUGAAUUUAUUCGAAACAUGUUAACGAGAUUUUUUUUCAUUAUGUACAUUGUUUUUAUUGUACUAUUUAUUACUAUAAAUAUGAAAUGUAAAUAACGAAUGGAGACGAAUAACUUGAUCUUUAAUUGAAUUUAUAUCAAAGUUGUUUAAAAAAACAUGUAUCGCGUAUAAAAGUAUUUCAGUAUGCAUUCUUUUUCUUUCCAACUAUAACUCCUUGGAUAGUGUUAUGUUUUUCCAUUAUUUCAGAAGCGGUAUGUUGAAUAUCGUAACCGUAAUAUAUUGAAUAACGUUAUUUAUAAAAUACGACAACUGAUGUGUAAAUAAAAAGAAAUUAUACCACGGUAUAAAAAAACGCAUUAUUUGAAUCUUUAGUUCUUUGUGUGUGUAAGAAAUAUAAUAUUGAAUUUUAUACAGAAAUUAGAUUAUAGUGAACGUUAAUAAUUUUUUUUUUUUUAUAAUUAUUAGUCUUAAUUCUUAUCGUUGGUUUAUUUUGUGAUGUGUCGUACCAACGUAACCACCAUGUUUUUUUUUUUUAAUAAUUUUGUCCAACGAUAAAGUUAAUAUUUGUUAAAUCUCUUAGACCAAAUUGACUUGAAUUGUUUGUGAGUUUUAAUGUUAUUUUGUGGACAAAUUCCUGGUAUUAAAUUUUACAAUUGAAAA